ACCUGGGACACUCGAGGAGGCACACGAGGCUGAAAGUGGACGGGUGCCUCGCGCCACCGCCUCUCCCGAGGGCGCGUACUGACCAGGAUGUCAGACAAGCUCAAGGAACGCAAAAGAACCCCCGUUUCUCAUAAAGUGAUAGAAAAGCGGAGGAGGGACCGGAUCAAUCGCUGCUUGAACGAGCUGGGCAAGACGGUGCCCAUGGCCCUGGCGAAGCAGAGUUCCGGGAAGCUGGAGAAGGCGGAGAUCCUUGAGAUGACCGUCCAGUACCUGAGAGCCCUGCACUCGGCUGACUUUCCCCGGGGAAGGGAAAAAGCAGAACUCCUAGCAGAAUUUGCCAACUACUUCCACUACGGCUACCACGAGUGCAUGAAGAACCUGGUGCAUUACCUCACCACCGUGGAGCGGAUGGAGACCAAGGACACCAAGUACGCGCGCAUCCUCGCCUUCUUGCAGUCCAAGGCCCGCCUAGGCGCGGAGCCCGCCUUCCCGCCGCUGGCUUUGCUCCCGGAGCCCGAUUUCAACUAUCAGCUGCACCCGGCGGGGCCUGAGUUCGCUGGCCACAGCCCGGGCGAGGGCGCAGUGUUCCCGCAGGGCGCGGCCCCGGGGCCUUUCCCCUGGCCUCCCGGCGCGGCCCGCAGCCCGGCGCUGCCCUACCUGCCCAGCGCGCCAGUGCCGCUCCAGAGCCCCGCACAGCAGCACAGCCCCUUCCUGGCGCCCGUGCAGGGCCUGGACCGGCAUUACCUCAACCUGAUCGGCCACGCGCACCCCAACAACCUCAACCUGCACACGCCUCAGCACCCCCCGGUGCUCUGAUGCCCACUCGCCCGCCAGAUUUCUCUGCGC